AUUGCAAGUAGUGCAAACCAAAAGGAGAGCUUAGUCACGAUGAGAGGCACGUAUGAGAAUUAUAAAAAAGAAUAACAGAUCAAUCUGAGUGGAAUAGAAGAUUAGAAGAUCAACUUGAGCGGAUUACUCUCAGUGUUAAGAGGACAGAAUAUUUUCCAUGAGCUCCUGCCAUUUCAAUGCUAUUGAUUCAAAUGUUUUCAAAUCAUAGCAAACACGGAGGUCAAAAGUAACUUUUUAAUAUCCUUAGUCUGAAGAGGAGGUGAUUUAGGGACGCCCAAAGGCUGCUUUAAGACUGCCAUUACUCCAGAGACGCAGUUGGGUACGUGCCACAGAAACUUUGCCAUUCCUCAUUCCAAUAAUAACAUAGACAGUAAGUGAUCACCAGACAGAGUUAUGGAUGUUUUUGGAGGUGCUCCACGUGUGCUUGGUUACCCACGCCCAGUACUGGUGAACUCUGGAGCAGACGCUGUGCUUCAUUGUCAGAUUGUUGGAGAUCCCCAACCAGAUGUGAUCUGGGAGCGAAAGAAUGAGCCUAUCUUCCCUGAGGGUCGUUACCGUAUUGCCCAAAAUGACAAGGUGUACACCCUUUACAUUUCUGGGGUGACAAUUCAAGAUGCAGGACAGUAUAUCUGCAAGGCCAAGAACAGUAUUGGGGAAACCUAUGCAGCUGCUACCCUUAAAGUGGAAGAGGAGAAACAAGAGCUUCAGCAAACACAACAACAACAACAACAACAACAACAACAUGACGUAAAUGUGAUUCCACCAGAACAGGAACUCAAAAUCAAGAAGCAACAGCAGUUCGAGCUGGUACAUGAAGCAGACCCAUUCCAAGACAACAAGCCUCGAUUUUUGAUCAAACCUCUCUCUCUAAGAAUAGAUAAGGGUGAAGAUGCUGCUUUCUCCUGCAAGCUGUGGGGAGACCCCUUGCCGGCGGUGGUGUGGGCGAAAGAUGGCAAACAAUUGAAUGAGAUCUAUGAGAGUUCCCAUUACCAUGUGGGCCAGCAAGAUGGUGGCUGGUUCCAGCUCAAGGUCUUUAGAACAAGAGCCCAAGAUGGAGGUGUCUACACAUGCAAAGCGGUCAAUGAGCACGGGGAAGCAAUGGCUGGAGCAGUGCUCCUCAUAGAGCCCGUUCCAGAUCAGAGAGAGGGAAACGUGACAAAUGGCUACACAAAUGGCCACUGGUCACCACACCAAAGUAAAGAAAUGCAUUCGAGGGCCAAACACUCUAAACAGCCUCAGCUGAACGUUGCAAAGGCUAAGAAGUUCACUGUCACAGAGGGCAAACAUGCCAAGUUCCGUUGUUAUGUCACAGGCAAGCCCAAGCCAGAGAUAGUGUGGAAGAAAGAUGGAGAGUCUGUUGCGCCGGACCGAAGGCAUCUCAUUUAUGAAGAUAGAGAGGGGUACUACACUCUGAAAGUACUGUACUGCAAGCAGCAGGAUACUGGACUCUACAUAUGUGCGGCCUCAAACGCGCUGGGAAACACACUGAGUGCCGUGCAUCUGUCAGUAAAAGGGCCAAAAGUCCGGUUCAAGCGAGAUCUGCGGGAUGUAGAGGUUAGGGAGAGGGAUGUUGCUGUUCUGGAAUGUGAAGUUCCAGAAGAGUCCAUUUCCACAGCAUGGUACCUGGAGGAUCAGAGGCUUCAACCUGGGAACAAGUAUAGCAUAGAACAGAAGGGCACACGGAGACAGCUCACCAUACGAGACGUUGGUGCAGACGAUGAUGGAGUUUACCUGUGCGAAAUGCCUGAUGGUGGAAAGUGCAUUGCAGAACUGGCAGUUAAAGGUACAAUUGUGAAGAAACUUCCUCGGAGGUUAGAAGUGAUGGAGGGAGAGAACGCAGCGUUCUGUGUGGAAGUGGAGCAGGAUGAGAUGGAGAUCGGCUGGUUUAAAGAUGGACUGCAGUUACGAGAAACACAUCAGACCAUUAUCAAGUCCUUUGGUAAAACCCACAUCCUGGUCUUUGUCAACACAUCAUACCAAGACUCUGGCACAAUCACUUUUAUGGCAGGCAGGUCACUGACAAGCUGCAAGCUCAGAGUAAAAGCUGUUCGACACUGCCCACCUAUCUGCCCUGUGAGUGUCCAGAUGAAUUCUGACUGUCCAAAUGGUGCAAUCCUUUCCUGGACACCAUCAACUAACUUGCAAAACUCCAGUAAGUCCGUGUAUGUGCUAGAACGGCAAGAAGUGGGCUCUCAGGAGUGGCAGCGAUGCCUGACAAUGGAGACGGGCACGUCUGCUGAAGUCCUGGGUGACAGUGUGCCAUGUGAGGGUGAUUACCGUUUCCGCAUCAGCUGUGUUAAUAAAUAUGGCAGAAGUGGGCACGUGGAGUUCCCCAACUUAGUACAUCUAGUCCCAGGUCCAAAGAUCAAAACCCCUCUGAAGAAUGCUGUGGUUGCUGCAGGGGAAGAUGCUGUAUUCUUCAUUGAGCUCUCUACUUCCAUGAUUGGCACAUGGUUCCUGAACAGCACACAGCUGCAGGAGAGCGAACGCUUCUCCAUAACUCAGUCAAAGAGUGAACACAUUUUACAAAUCCAUCAGGUGCUUGAUGUGUUUGAUGGAGCUGAGAUCACCUUCAUUGCGAAUGGCGUACGAGAUUCGGCAGUUCUACAGAUUAUAACACCUGUGGUGAAAUUUUUACCUCUGUCAGAGAUGGACACAAAGAAGACCACUGAGGUGGGAGACCCUAUUGUGCUGUACUGUGAGGUAUCCCAUCCCACGGCCAUUGUUCGGUGGUUUAAAGAUGAACAGGAGCUACAUUUACAGGACGGUCUGAAUAUCCAAUCAGAUGGCAACAUGAGGAGGAUUGUCAUUCAAUCUGCAGAGUACUCACAUUCUGGAGUUUACACCUGCCAACUGAAUAAUGACACUCUCACAUUUAAUGUGAAUGUGGAAGCACCCAGCUCUGUGUUUGAGAGUCUGUCAGAAGCAGAGAGGAAAAGGUCUGUAGAAGCAGGAGAUCCAAUAGUCCUCCGCUGUGAGGUGUCAAACCCUGAAGCUGAGGUGUGCUGGUUUAGCAACGGCAAGCCUCUAUCUCUCCAGGAUGGCAUAGAUAUUCAGACAAAUGGGAACAUCAGGACACUAGUCAUCCAGUCCGCAGAUUUUAACGACUCUGGGAUAUAUAGUUGUCAGUCAGCUGAUGAUGUAGCUGUGUUUCAUGUGGACAUUUCAGUCCCCCCUGUGGCAUUUAAAGAGGUUCCUCAGGAAGAGAGACAGAAAAGCACAAUGGAGCUGGACCCUGUGGUGCUGACCUGUGAACUGUCCCGACCAGAUGCCAAUGCCUGCUGGUUUAAAGAUGGAACUGAGGUUCUUCAAUCAGACAACAUCACCAUCCAGUCUGAAGGCACCAUGAGAAGACUAAUAAUCCGUUCAGCAGAGCUGGUCGAUGCAGGGACAUACACUUGCCAAGCAGGCGACCACACCACAUCCUUUUCUGUCAACAUUAAAGAACCACCAGUUACAAUUGUGGACCCAAAAGAUGACGUCCAUAUUGAGCGUCAUGUCUCUGAGGAGAUUGUCUUAAACUGCGAGCUCUCUCGUUCUAAUGGAGAGACUCACUGGUUUAAAGAUGGCCUAAAGCUCCAGGAGAGUGAAAAUCUCCAGCUCAGCGCUGAAGGCCCAUACAGGAGGGUAACCAUUCUCUGUGCCUCCAGAUGGGAUUCUGGAGAGUACGUGUGUGACACAGGGGGUGACUCCGUUUUCUUUCAGCUCAUUGUCACAGAGGCUCCGGUCUGCAUCGUUCACCCCAGUGAGUCGGAAGUAGAGAUGUGUGUUCUGAGCUCUGAGAGGCUGAUUCUGAGCUGUGAGAUCUCCAAAGCAGAAGCAGAAGUUUGUUGGUAUCGUGACGGCAUCGAGGUUGAUGAGAAUGAUAACCUGAUCCUGGAGAAUGAUGGACGUUACCGCAGACUAGUGAUUCCCUGUGCUACUAUUGAUGAUUCUGCGGAAUAUGUAUGUGAGACUGCAGAUGACUCUGUCAUCUUUAUGGUGAAAAUACAAGCACAAAUGUGUGUUCCAGAGAGACACUUCCAAUGGAAGUCAAUGGGAUCAAUCUUUCUUUCUUUCACCACAGAGCCCCCUGUAAAGCUCUCUUGCUCCAAGGAAACAGGCAGCAUUACAGAGAGUUUGUCAGGUGACCCUGUGGUCCUUGAGCUUGAGGUGUCCCGUGAUAAUGCAGAGGUGUGCUGGAUGAAGGAUGGAGUAAAGGUGGAGGAGAGCAGCGACAUCACACUUACUGAGAACGGCUUGAUACGCACACUGACCAUCCAUUGUCCAACUCUGAAGGAUUCUGGGAUAUAUACCUGCAACGCUAUAGAUGACACAAUGGAUUUCAACGUCAAAAUUACUGAGGCACCAGUUAAACUCCUGAAUAAAGAUGAGAUCAAGACUGAGCACAAGGCUGUGUUGUAUGAUGACAUUGUAUUGGAGUGUGAGCUGUCCAGGGCCAAUAGUGAGGUCAGCUGGUAUAAAAAUGGCAGGCCGAUUGAGGAGAACGAACGCUUCUGUUUUGAGGAGGAAGGGGCCUUCCGAUCCCUGGUCAUUCUCUGCGCAGAGCUUCAAGACUCUGGAGAAUAUAUCCUAAAUACAAAAGAUGACAGGAUUACUUUUCAUGUCACAGUACAAGAACCUCUAGUGAAGAUCACUAGCAUCUCUGGUGGUCCCGAUUACCAGGAGAUGGUGACAGGAGAAGACCUCAUCUUAACUUGUGAGGUUUCACGAGCCAAUGCAGUAGUUCAGUGGCUCUUCAAUGACAAGCCAUUGGUCCCCGAUGAGCGCAUACGUGUCGAAUGCCUCGGGACACUCCGCAAACUGAUCUUAUCCAACAUCCUCCUCUCUGACUCUGGGAAAUACAUGUGUGAUGCUGUUGAUGACAAGAUGAUAACCAUUGUUAAAGUUCAAGAGCCUCCUGUCAGUUUCCUCAACAAAGAGGAGGUGAGUUUUGUCACAGGCUAUGAAGCAGAGAGCGUGACUAUGACUGCCUUGGUUUCCAGACACAAUGCCCCAGUGCGCUGGCUUAAAGACUGGACUCCAGCCACUGGAGAUCGUUUUCAUAUAACCAGCCAAGGCCUGACUCGCACUUUCACCAUUGACCCAUUAAAGAGGUCAGAUGCUGGAGAGUACACAUGCGAUGCAAAUACAGAUGAGAUGCACUUCAGUCUCCUGGUCAAAGAGAUGCGUGUUAAAUUUGUGAAGACACUGGUUGACACUGUGGCUCACAAAGAUGGUAUGAUCACACUACGCUGUGAGCUGUGUAAGGCCAAAGCAGAUGUCCAGUGGUUAAAGAAUGGAGUUGAGAUCAUUCCCAGCCGUCGGUUCACUAUCCGUGCCGAUGGGCCAGAGAGGAGUCUCACCAUCCAUCGUAUCACCAAAGAAGAUGCCGGAGAGUACGCUUGUGAGUCCAAAGAUGACUGCACCAGCGCCCAAGUAAAGGUGCAAUUGCCCCGUGUGGUGGAAUUCCUUACAGAGCUUCACAACACCACAGUCAUGGAAGGUGAGGACGCUACCUUUAAGUGUGUGGUCUCCCCUGAUGACGUUCAGUUAGUCUGGCUCAUGGAUGGAGAACCCAUCAAACCCAGCGAUCGCUUCCAUAUGGAGCAGAACAGCCUCUGUCACACUCUGAAUAUCCGUAAGGUCCAGCUACUGGAUUCCUCCCGUAUCACUGCAGAGGCUGAGGGCAUCAUUUCUAAGGCCAGCCUCAAGGUCCAGGAGGCACAGGUGUUGUUUACAAAGAGAAUGGAUGCAGUGAUGGCUGAGGAGUUUGGGGAGGCUGUGUUAGAGACAGAAGUGAGCCUGGAGUCUGGGGAGGUGCAGUGGAUAAGACAGGGGGUGGUGAUCCAGCCAGGACCCCGACAUAAACUGACCAAGAAUGGCUGCAAAUGCAUCUUAACCAUCACUAACCUCAGCCUGUCUGAUCGAGGCACCUACCGCUGUGAGACCCUCCAUGAUCGCACACAAGUCAAACUCAAUGUGGAGCCAAGGAAGAUCACCAUACGUAAGGGGCUGAUGGACACUGAGACAUUUGAGAGAGAGACAGCAUCCUUCGAGGUGGAGCUUUCUCAUGCUGAUGUGGAGGGUGUGUGGCAGAAAGAUGGUCUGCGUGUCAAGCCUGGUAACACCCGCCGUGUUAGUUCUAACGGACGAGUACAUGGUCUCACUCUCUCCAACCUCACGCUAGAGGAUACGGGGAGCAUUGUCUUCUCAGCAGAGGGUCUGAGAUCUACUGCCAGGCUGCUAGUCAAAGAAACUCCAGUAAUAAUCAUAAAGAAGCUGUCUGAUGUCAGGUUUGAGGAGGGCUCUUCAGUCACUUUGGAGUGUGAGCUGUCUAGGCAAAAUGUAGACGUCAAAUGGCAGAAGAACGGUGUGGAGCUGAAAUCCAAUAAGACUUUGAGGAUUUAUUCCAUGGGACACAAACGCUAUUUACAGAUCCUGGAGUGCAGCAGCUCUGACUCAGGCCUUUAUACCUGUGACAUUGGGGACCUCAGCACAUUCUGCAAACUUGAGGUCUACGAACGUGAAUUAGAGAUCAUAACUGGCUUGAAGGAUCUCUGCAUAAAGGAGGACCAGAAUGCCGUCUUUAUGUGUGAGCUGUCUAUGGAAGACAUGCCUGGAGAAUGGUACAAAGAUGGCAACAAGAUCCGUCCUACUUCUACCAUCAAGACUCGUAGAGAAGGCACAAAGCACUUCCUGCUUAUUUGCGAUGUGAAGGCAGAGGAUUCUGGAGAGAUUAAGUUUGUUUCCAAACAAGUGGAAUCAGUUGCUUAUCUUGAUGUUGAAGAGCUCCCUGCAAGCAUUGUCCGUCCCCUCAGGGACCGCACGGCACUGGAGAAUCAUCGAGUGAUUCUGGAAUGCACUGUUUCAUCCCCACGCUGUGAUGUCACCUGGUACAAAGAAGACGUGGAGCUUGAAUCCACAGAACACAAGGAGAUAAUAAAAGAGGGCUGUUACCACAAACUGGUCAUUCACCAGGUGGCGCUGGAGGACGAAGGAACCUACAGUAUUGAGGUUGGAGAGCUGACAUCUGCAGCCAAGCUGAUGGUGGAAGCCCAGUCUAUCCUAGUGGUGAAGUGUCUAGAGGACGUGGAGGUAAAGACUCCGGAACCAGCUUGCUUCCAGUGUGAAAUGUCCAUGAUCCUCAUAAAGCCCCCCAUCUGGACUUUAAAUGGGGAGACCCUGCAGUCAGGACCCAACAUCAGACUGGAGAGCCAUGGAAAUGUCCACAAACUGACAUUCAAAAACACUACCUCCGAUAUGAGUGGGACAGUCAAGUUUAGCACAGGGAAAGCCAAGACAAGUGCGAAACUGACAGUGCUGCAGUGAAUUAUGCAAGGCUAUGUACUUAAGGACAAAACAAUAGAGAGAAAAACAUUACAUAUGAUCAUAUCCAAUUACAGUAAUUGAAGUAAUGCUCUUUACAUUUUGACCUCAUGUUGACUACAGUGGGGCUAGAACAGUAAUUGGAAGUUUGAGAAAAAUGCUGUAAUGUAAAACUGAGGAUUUGAGGUAAAUCUAAUUGUAUGGGUUUGUUAGCUAGAUGUGAACAGAAUGUAACAGGGAAUGAAUGUCAUUGUAAACUUUAGAUAGACAUGGAAGUGUUAUGGACAUGCACAAUGGUUAAAACAAGAGGGUACUCUUUAUUUAGCUCAAAUUUGUUUUCUUUUUUAUUAAAUCUAUGGAAUCAUGAAUAGAUGAAAUACAACUCAAGUCAAUAAAGAGUAAAAAAGUAUGUUGUGUCUCAUGUGAAUGAAACACUUUUGUAUAGCAUAUAUGAUCUGAGUGAAAGUAAUUUGUUAAUUUGUAUAGGUAAAGUUUAGAAUGAAAUAUUUUGUUAAAUUAAGUGUAGUUAAUCAAGGUCACUAAAUUCAAAGCUAUAUGUUAUUUGAAACUCUUUUUAUGGUAAUACUGGUCUAACACCUGAACCAAUGUGACGUCCCAUAAAUCAGUCAGGCUUCAAAAGUGGGAGAGACUUGAGUCGCUAAGACGGGCGAAAACUGAAUCCAGAUCAUCCGUCCUGAUUCUGCUGGACUUUCUGCAGCCUUUGACCCAGUCAACCAUCAGAUCCUUCUCUCCACCCUCUCCACCCUCUCCUUGCUGGGUAUCACAGGAAUUGUGCUUGACUGGUUUAAUUCCUAUCUCUCAGGUCGGUCCUUCAAAUGAGCCUGGAGAGGGGAGGUAUUCAAGCCACAUAAGCUACUUACUGGGGUACCUCAGGGUUUGGUGCUUGGGCCACUUCUCUUCUCCAUAUACACAACAUCACUGGGACCCAUCAUCCAGGCACAUGGUUUCUCACUGCUACGCUGAUGAUGCAACUCUACUUGUCUUUCCAGGCCAAUGACACCACAGUGACCGCUCGAAUCUCUGCAUGUCUGGCAGACAUCUCAGCCUGGAUGAAGGAUCACCACCUUCAACUCAACCAAGACUGAACUCCUCGUCUUUCCAGCCAACCCUGCUGUUGAACACAACAUCACCAUGCAGCUGGGUACAACUACAGUAACACCUUCCAAAACAGUCAGAAAUCUAGGGGUAACAUCAAUAAUAAGCUAAAUUUCACAGACCACAUCUCAAAGACUGCAAGAUCAUUUAGAUUCUACAAUAUCAUGAAGAUGAGACCCUUUCCUCUCUGUACAUGCCACACAACUGCUCAUUCAGUCACGUGUCAUAACUAGACUGGACUACUGUAACGCUCUCAUUGCAGAACUCGCUGCAUGUGCUAUUAGACCUCUCCAAAUGAUCCAGAAUGCAGCAGCACGUCUGGUCUUUAAUGAACCAAAGAGAGCACAUGUUACACCCCUCCUUGUCUCUCUCCACUGGCUGCCGGUUGAUGCACGUAUUAAAUUCAAGGCUCUGAUGCUGCAUACAGAACAGUCACUGGGUCUGCUCCAACAUACCUAAAGAUGAUUCGCUUAUGUUUUCCUCUUUUGUAAGUUGCUUUGGAUAAAAACGUGAAUAAAUACAACACAAAACUAGGGUCAAACAUCAAAA